AUGUCGCAGUCCGCCGUCUUCGUGCUGCUGCGCCGCGCGUGCGACGCGCACCCGCUGCAGCUGGGCAGCGUGCUCCGAGUGCUCGGGCACAUGCUGGAGCUCCUGCCCUGCGCCGGCCGGGAGGUCGACGAGCGCGGCGAGGAGGAGGAGGAGGUGGUGCUGGAGGAUCGUCAGGAUGUCUGGAGGAGCGGCGUCGCCGGCGGGGGGGGCCUCCCGGGCGACGCGGAGAUGGGCAGCCCACAGCUGGCCCGCGUCAGGCGGAUGAUUGCGGCCAGCCUUGCGUAUCUGGCCGCUGCGCCAGACGGCUGCAUGCAGGUGCUCGAAUUCGUCCGCGCCCACGAGGGGCAGUGGGGCGGCGAGGAGCUGCGCCUCUUCCUCGCGGACCUGCUGCCGUGCAUCGCGCCCCCGUACUCUGUGCGCUUCGUCUCGGCCGUGGCCAGACUACUCGAUCGGCCAGCCGCGUGGGCGUUCGGCGGCGGCGAGGACGCGGCGGCGAAGGAGCUGCCUAGCAUCGCGGGACGCUUCGCGGAGGACUGCCGACGAUGUCUGGAGGAGCUGCCGCAGGAGACACAGACGGCGCUCGCGGCGGUGGAGGCGCGGCUGGCCGGCCGCGCGCUCUCGGAGGCCACGUCGCCGCCAAAGCACCAGAUCGGGGUGGAUGCGGUCGGCUUGGUGCCCGCCGCAGUGAGUGAUGCCACCGUGGUGGCGCCUACCGGCCAAGCGCCUGCCGAGCCAGACGCAGACGAGCUCAUGGGCCUGGAGCUCUGGAGCUGGUGGAAUCGGAAGAAAGGGGCCGCCAAGGUGGCACCCAAGCCCCAGGAGGGCCCGCUCACGCUGAAGCCGAUGAAGAGCAAAGGCAAGAGGACGAGAGCUCCGAGCGCAAGGCCUGGCAGGAGGAGGCACGCCGAGGGGAACAGCGACGAUUGCGACGAGGACUCCGACCCGAACCAGGGGGCCGCCCCGCGCGCGCCCGCGGCCGCCGUGCCCAGGCUGAGGCGCGCCCGCACGGCUUCGCGGCGGUUGAGCCCCGGCGUGGACGAAGAUGACGACGCAGAGGAGGAGUUCGAUUUCUCGCGCUCGGCGCGUGCCGCCGCCAGCGGCCCUCCCCCCGCGUGCCCAGGGCCGCGCGUCGCCCGCUCGCGCUCGCGGGGGGCUGGCGGGAGCGGCAGCGAUACGGAGUCCGUCAGGCAGCCCAGCGAGGAUUGCGCCGCAGAGCCCCCGACUGCGGAAUGCUCGCGGGGCAGCGGUGGCCGCCAGCAGGCUGCCACAGCGCCGCCCGCCACCGCCCAGCCGCGGGCUGGCGGGCUCUGGGACAGCGCCGAGAGGUCGGGCGCUGAGAGGACCGCCGUGCCGCCUGGCCAGCCUGGAGGCGCCGGCGACGGCGCCUUGGCGUCCAGGGCGCGCAAGGUCAAGCGCCUAGCCUUCCACAGCAUGCUCGCCGGGGCGCCCGCCGCCGCCCCGGGCCCCACGGCGCUCGCCGAGCCGCCGAGCUUCUCCAGCAACACCAGCCCGACGGUAGGCCGCAGCCCGACGCCAGGCACGGCCGCGUCGCCAAGGGCGAGGCCUGCCGCCACAGCGGCGGCAGGCCCAGCGGCGCGCGACGCCGCCUCCAGCGCUCAGGCCAGAGCCGCUUCUGGUGUCACUGCGGAGCCGAGCGCCCCCAUGGUGCCGGGGGCAGCAGCAAUGCCAGUUUGUCCCUGGGUCGGCGGCGAGGACAGCGGCAUCAGGCUGGACGCCGAGCUCAUGCAAGGGACGUGGCUACACUCCUACGGCGGCGAGGUGACCGUGGUUGGCGCCGCCGUGAUGUGGAAAGGGAAUCAGCUGGGCGACCUCGUGGCCCAGCCGGGCGGGGUGUUCGAGUUGGCCGGCUGGGUAGCCGACCCUGGCCGCAGCUCUCCGGACAGGGUUCUGUGGACGCACCCGAGUCUCCCAGUCUGUUGCUGGGACCGACCGAACGCCCAGAAAGACAGCGCUGAAUGA